AUGUGCAAGCUUUCCAACUAUGAACUGGCCGUUAAACUCUUUGAUGUGGUCGAAUCCAACAAUCAUAUCAACUUGAUUAUGGAACAUUGCCCAAUGGACAUGUUUACUGCACUCUGCGAGCACAAUGGCGGGAAAGGGAUCCAGUCUGUUGAUAUUGCACGUACUCUUAUUUUGCAAUUGAUUGAUGCUGUUAUGACGUUUCAUGCUCGUGGGAUCUACCAUCGGGACCUGAAACCAGACAAUAUCUUGUUGUCUCAGUCCGAGGGCAUGCUGAAAUUGUGCGAUUUUGGACUGGCUACAUUUGAUCUUUGUUCUACCGAGUUUGGAUGUGGAAGCAAAAGAUACAUGUCACCAGAAUGCUAUGAGCCACCUACCUCAGAACAGCAUCAUAUACCAUACAAUUGCGUGCUUGACGACACCUGGUCGGUCGGCAUUUUGAUUCUCAACAUUCUUGCAGCAAAAAAUCCGUGGGAGGUGGCUGGAAGAGAUGAUGCCAACUUCUGUCAGUACAUCAAUAAUCCCAUGACACUGGUCAACUCGUUUAAUCUGACUUCUAGCAUGGCUCGGGUUGUAUGCUCACUUCUUCAUCCAGAUCCUGCUCAACGUUGCUCUUUGGCCAGUGCUCGUGAAACAAUUGCCAACAUUCCAGCGUUCAUUCGCACCCCUGCAUCAGCUGUUGUCUCACCGCCUGUUUCCUGUAGACCAGCACAGCAGUCUCAGCAACUGCGGCCUCGAUACCAUUUCCCUGGUACCAAAACAAUACAAGGUACAAUUACGAAAACUCAAAUUGAGACCCCGAAAGUUUUAUCUUCAGUGCUUUGCCAAGAUGCUGCUACAGCUCGAUUGGCUUCCAUACCGGCCCCUACACCAACUAUAUCACACUCCUCACGCUUUAAAAUCUUUAAACAUCCAGCAGCUUUUCUGCAAAGCGCUGCCACUGUUUCGCUUAGCUGCUGAUCUUGUUCAGGUGAAUGGAUGGCGAGCUAAUUGUAUUAGUAUGGAUUCUGCGCACAUACCCCUUGCACUCAAUCUAUAUUUGACAGGCUUUUCAAUCCUUGUAUAUUGUAAAUAAUGUUCACUUCAACGCUGGCCUCCACUUUAUACGGGUUAUUUUCUCGUUUAUAAAUAUAUGAAAUAUCUGUUGC